AUGAUACAAGAUUUAGACUAUAGAGAUAAUGUUGGUGGCUUGUUUAAAGUAGAUAUAGAGAAAAUACAUUUGUUAGAAUCCCCAAAAGAUUUUUAUUUGAAUAUAAGGUCUAUAUUAUCUGAAGCUAAGAAUCGAAUUAUAAUUUCCUCAUUAUACAUUGGAAAUGGAGCUUUAGAACAAGAGAUUAUUAACUUAAUUGACCAAACCUUAACAAAUAAUAGAAAAUAUAUUAUAAAUAAUGAUAAAGUAAAUAAUUUACAUGUAAAUAUUAUUGUAGAUUUCAAUAGAAUGCAAAGAAAUAAAGAAGACAUGCUAAUUUUAUUUGAAAAUAUGCUUAGAAAGUUUCCAAAUAACUUUAAAGUUUAUCUAUUUCAAUUACCAAUAUUUAAUAAAUAUAAUCAUGAAUUAAAUAGAAUGGCUUAUAAAAAAAACAAUAUAUACAAUAAGAUUGGGGAUAAUAUUAUUAAAUAUUUUAGUUCUAUAGAAAAACUUAAGUUAUUAAAAGAAGUACUAGGUGUAUAUCAUAUGAAAUUUUAUAUUGCUGAUAACAACAUACUAUUAACAGGAGCUAACCUAAGUGAAGAGUACUUAACAAAACGUCAGGAUCGUUAUAUAUUACUACGUGAUGUUCCUGAAAUAUGUGAUUAUUUGAGUAAAAUUUCAGAUAUAGUUCAAGAAUAUUCUUAUACAUUAAAGCCUAAUAAUAAACUUCAAUUUCCAAAAAAAGAAGAUAUAUAUAUAAUGAGAGAGGAUAUGCUAAAAUUAAACAAAGAUGUUAAUUGGUUGAAAGAUCUAAUUUAUAGUUUUGAAAAACAACAUGAUGAAGAUUUCAUUAAAAAGUAUAAAGAUAAGGUUAUAUUUGGGAUUCUUUUACAGGCAGGAUAUAUGAAUAUUAACUCAGAAAAAAAUUUAGUCAAAUAUUUAAUAAAUUCAUGUAUUAAAGAUAUAGGAUUAUAUAUAUGUACUCCAUAUUGUAAUAUGUCAACAUAUUGGACUAAUUUAAUGAAAUUUAACAGUAAUCCCUUAGUAAUAGUUACUUCAGGGAGUAAAUCAAGUACUUUUUCACAAUUAAAAGAACCAAUUUAUUUAAAUAUUUUGGACUAUAUAAAGACAUUAGUUAUACCAUUAUAUUCCAGUAUUAAUUCAGAAUUCAUAAAAGACAUUAUUUACAAUUCAAAUCAUAAACAAAGACAAGUUGAAUUCGGAGAAUAUGAAAGAGAUGAAUGGACCUUUCAUGCAAAAGGGAUUUAUUUUUAUAAAUAUAGAAAAGAGCUCAUUUCAAAUAGUAUAAGAAAUGAAGAUGACGAAACUGAUGAUUUCACAAAAUAUUAUGGAAGGAGAAUAUUUGCCAAUUAUUUAGGUAGUUCUAAUUAUAAUCAUAGGGGUGAGAGUCGUGAUUUAGAAUGUUCUUUCCUUUUAUUGACAAAUGGCAAUAAAGAAAUACAAGAAAAUCUUAAUAGAGAAUGGUAUGAGAAUAUAUAUAAAUACCUUAAAAGAGGUAACCCGCUUGGUCAUACCUUUAAACUUGGAAAGUAUAUGAUAACUUCUAAUUUCAAUAUUUAA